AUAAUAAUAAACUGAACAAAGAGAAAUUAUGUAAUAUUAUUGUAGUUAGGUAAAUCAUGAGUGGACAUAUACAAAAACAACUCACUAGGAGUCUUGAACGAAUACUUGAAGAGGCUCACCAUAGUGGCGAACUCAAGUUGAGUGGUCGAAAGCUGAAAGACUUUCCAAAAGUAGGCAAAGCUCUUGGUUCUAUUAAAUAUAAUCUUAAAGACACUGUAUUAGCAGACCUGUCGAAAAAUCGUUUUAUGGAAUUACCAGAAGAAAUAACAGAGUUUCCUUUCCUUGAAAAACUACAUCUAUAUCAUAAUGCAAUAAAAGUAAUACCAGAAACGGUAACGAUGCUCCAGUCGUUAAGCUAUCUUGAUCUCAGUCGUAAUCAAAUGACAACAUUACCACGAGAAAUUUGUCAACUACCUUUGCAGACCCUUUUGGUCUCCCACAACAGGCUUGUUUCGUUGCCAGAAGAAUUGGGAAGAAUGUCAGCUCUUGCAGAGCUUGACGCUGGUUGUAAUGAAAUAACGAGUCUGCGCUUACGUGUGGGCGAUCUUCCUCGACUCCGAUGUCUUAAUCUUCGUAGUAAUUUUUUAGUGUACAUUCCUAUUGAAUUGACAUACUUAAAACUGGUAAAACUCGAUAUUAGUGGAAAUCGAAUAUCUAUUUUACCUAAUGAACUUAGAAAAAUGAAGAGUUUGGUGGACCUUCAACUUUUAGAUAAUCCAUUGACUUCACCACCUGCAACGUUGUGUACACGCGGACGAACACACAUUUUUAAGUACCUGGAGAGACAAGCAGUAAAACAUGAACGAACUCGAAGUGGGCGCAUAAGACGAAGUCCUUUUGAAACAAGAGGGCAUGCAACAUUAGGUACGCGCUCACAUCGGCGAUGUAAUAUUGACAGUGGUUAUAAUACAAGCGAUGUGUUUGAUAAACGUUGGUCUCAAGAAUUUAAUAAUAUGACUCACGGUUGUGAAGUUCAUGGUAUUUUUCAAAAAGAAUGUUUACCACUUUCUAUUACUCUUUCACAUGAAACUGAGAUUAAUGGUCCUUGUAGUGGUACUUCAACACCUAGUACAAUAUCUCCUGGAGAAAAUUCAUCUUUAGAAGAUGACUUAGGAAAGACCAUAUUUCAAGAUCAGAUGGGAAAAAAAAAAUUAGAACAAGGUAUUUCUGAAGAUGGAAGUGAUUUUGAAAAAUCUUUAUUAACAAUUCAUCAAAUAUCAAUAACACCUAUAAGUCAGGUGGAAACUUCAAGAUUAGAAACUCCAGAACAAAGUACUUCGAUCAAAACUAUAUCACAAAUUCAACGAUCAUUACCACUUGUUAAUGGGGAAAAAAGAAGGACCCUGAAUCAUAUUCAGACAUACAAAGAAUAUAAAGAAGCCUUAAGACAACAAAGAGUAAAUGAAGGUCUAAAUGUAUAUAAAUCUAAGGAACAAAUAACACAAUAUGGUAGUCGUGCUCAAAGUGAUGGAACGUAUUCAUCUAGUACUAUUGUCUUAUCUGGUAAACAAAUUUUCAAUGAAGAGAAUGCAAAUAAAAGGCCAGUACAUAAAGUAACUCCCUCUCGAAUUAAUUUUCCAAAUAAUACCAAUAUUAAUGGUAAUCAAAGUGAAAAUUAUGAAACACUAUAUAAUAAACCAUGUGCACCAAUAAAAAAAUCCAGCAGUAUUUUAUUUGGAAAUGUAAAUUCUGACUGUGUACCGAAGUUUGUGAAAGCAACAGUGGGACAUGUGGAAAGCGUAAAUAGAAAUUAUCCCAGUUCGAAUUCUUGUAAUAUUACUUGGAAUAUAAAUUCUUCCGAAAAGUAUUCAUUUACUAUGAAAAGGGAAUUUGAGCGUGCCAAGGAAGAAGCUGAUUUAAUUAAACAAUUACGAAAUCAAAUAGAAACAAGAUUAAAAAUGGCUCUUCCUGAAAAUUUGGCUCCUGCAUUAGCAGAUGGUGUAGUUCUUUGUCAUUUAGCAAAUCAUGUUAGACCUCGAUCAGUAGCAAGUAUUCAUGUACCAUCACCAGCAGUUCCUAAACUUACAAUGGCAAGAUGUAGAAGAAACGUAGAUAAUUUCUUAGAAGCUUGCAGACAAAUUGGUGUCAAUGGGGAGGUGUUAAUGGAUGCGGAUGCAAUCAUGGAUGUGGGUUAUAUGGAAAUUUAUGGGCUGGAAGCACUUGGUCGUAUCGUUUCCGCAUUAAUUCUUAAUACAGAAGAUAAUUUUCAAGAACUGAAUGCAGGUUCAAUACGAAUGAUUGAAGAUCACACUCUUUGUAUAGUGCUUUUUACUACAUUCAUUUCCACUUUGAUUCUGCUGUAUUUCUAUCCAAUUCCUGAUUAAAAGAAGUUUAAAAAUAGUAUAUAAAAACCAGUUUUAUAUCUAAAAUAAAAAUAAAAUAAAUUAUAAAUAUUGAUGACUAACCCGAAAUCAAGCUGGAGAUGAAUAUUCAAUUGUAAUCUAAUGUGCUGUGCUAGCGAUAUUCUUGAAGGAGGUCGUGGUGUCGUUCGAGUCGCUAUUACAGUUGCUGAA